AUGGUCCUGGGGCUCCUUCCUCUGCCCCUUAGCAGCACCCAGAACUGUCUGAGCAAACAACACGUCGCAGCUGCCAUUCAACAGAUGCAGAAGCUGCUCGCGGCUCACGAGGCGGCCCAGAUGCGCAGCCUGCGCAGCCUGAAGAAGCAGCUCGCGCUCCUGCCAGGCGGUGCCCAGAAGCCGCCGGCCAAGCGGAACGAGAGCUGCACCCUCCCUGCUGCACCCACCAACGGCAGGAGGCUGGGCAGGGGGACGGCCGUGGGGAACGAGGUCUUUUUCGUCUGCAACCCUGGCUUUGCACUGACCGGCUCCGAGACGCGGGUCUGCCUGGAGAACAGGACGUGGAGUGGACGGACGGCCUUCUGUAAACGCACCAGCGAUUGUGCCAGCCAGCCCUGUGCCAACGGAGGGACCUGCCUGGAUGCCGUUCGCCGCUACAGCUGCUUGUGCCCCACCGGCUGGUCGGGGAACAACUGCCAGGCCCCCCUUCAUUCCUAUGUGGAUGAGUGCCAGCUCUACCAGUCCAAUUACCACACCCGGAUCUGCCUCCACGAAUGUGUGAACCUACCUGGGUCUUAUCAGUGCACCUGCCCGUCCGGCUAUCGGUUUCAAGCGGAGCAAAACAUAUGCAGCGAUGUGGAUGAAUGUGCCGCGAAUCAAGACAACUGCAGCCGUGGACAGACGUGCGUCAACGUCUUUGGUGGCUUCCGUUGCGUGAAGCCCGAAUGCCCCAAGACCCAGUUCAACACGACUUAUGUCAAGACGUCGGCCUCGCAGUGUGAACGGAGCCCUUGCCCCAUGGGCAGCCAAGCCUGCCAGAAAGCCGCCCAUGCCAUCUCGUUCCACUACCUGCCCCUCCAGUCCAACCAGUCGGUGCCCUGGGUCCUUUUCAGGAUGUCCACCAGCCGCUCACUGGGCGACAGCCUGCGCUUCGCCCUCUUAGGGGGCAACAGCCAGGGGAGACUUGCCGUCCAGCGCUCAGACCAGCACACGGGGGAACUGGUGCUCACCCGCUCCGUCCUGGGCCCAGCGAUCCUGGAGGCGGAGGUGGAAAUGAGCGAAUUUGCCCAGAAGGUUCUUCUAGGGAAGCACAUCUUCAAGGUCACCGUGUUUGUUUCCCAGUAUGAAUUCUGA